AUGUUGUACUACAUGAUAAGCUCGCUUGCUGGUUCACUUGCGCCAUCUGUCAGUGUGGGGCAGCAGCAUCACCAACGCCUCUGCGCCGCUGCUCCCUUUUCCCCCACUCCCACCAUCCUCUUUCCACCCCCGCCUCUCCCCCUUCGCCUGCAGUCGCUCGUUCACUUGCGCCAUCUGUCAGUGUGGGGCAGCAGCAUCACCAACGCCUCUGCGCCGCUGCUCCCCUUCCCCCACUCCCACCAUCCUCUUUCCACCCCCGCCUCUCCCCCUUCCCCUGCAGUCGCUCGUUCACUUGCGCCAUCUGUCAGUGUGGGGCAGCAGCAUCACCAACGCCUCUGCGCCGCUGCUCCCUUUUCCCCCACUCCCACCAUCCUCUUUCCACCCCCGCCUCUCCCCCUUCCCCUGCAGUCGCUCGUUCACUUGCGCCAUCUGUCAGUGUGGGGCAGCAGCAUCACCAACGCCUCUGCGCCGCUGCUCCCUUUUCCCCCACUCCCACCAUCCUCUUUCCACCCCCGCCUCUCCCCCUUCGCCUGCAGUCGCUCGUUCACUUGCGCCAUCUGUCAGUGUGGGGCAGCAGCAUCACCAACGCCUCUGCGCCGCUGCUCCCUUUCCCCCACUCCCACCAUCCUCUUUCCACCCCCGCCUCUCCCCCUUCCCCUGCAGUCGCUCGUUCACUUGCACCAUCUGUCAGUGUGGGGCAGCAGCAUCACCAACGCCUCUGCGCCGCUGCUCCCUUUUCCCCCACUCCCACCAUCCUCUUUCCACCCCCGCCUCUCCCCCUUCGCCUGCAGUCGCUCGUUCACUUGCGCCAUCUGUCAGUGUGGGGCAGCAGCAUCACCAACGCCUCUGCGCCGCUGCUCCCUUUCCCCCACUCCCACCAUCCUCUUUCCACCCCCGCCUCUCCCCCUUCCCCUGCAGUCGCUCGUUCACUUGCGCCAUCUGUCAGUGUGGGGCAGCAGCAUCACCAGCGCCUCUGCCUCGCUGCUCCUCGCCUUCCCCCGCCUGCUCUCCGCCAACCUCGCCUGGACUGCCCUCUCCCACCUCCCCGCCCACCCCUCCCUCACCGCCCUCCACCUCUCCCACUGCCCCCUGCUUUCCAUUGGCUUCCCUCUCCCCUCCUCCUCAUCCUCUCCCUCCGCCUCCUCUCCUUCCUCCUCUCACUCCUCCUCCUCUUCCUCCUUCCCCCUCACUCAUCUGGUUCUCUCUGGUGCCUCAAUCGCUCCUCCCUCCUCCCUCUUCCCUCCUCACCUCCUCGCCUUCCUCACUCACCUCACCUCGACCCCUCUACUGCUGCUGUCCCUGACGCCCUUCUGUUACACCUCGCCCACUCCCUUCCCCUAG